CAGUAACUAGAUAUUCUAGUUCAUAGUAUCAACACUAAUUCUAGAUUGAAGAAUCAAUCUCUCUGAAUUUUUGUUGUAGUAUUUUCUUUACAGUUUUCAAUGAUAGGGGAAGCAUUACAUUCUACUCAAUCAAGUCAAAAAGACUGGUAUUGAUUAUAAUCAUCCAUUGUUUCUGUCUCAGUCUGAUGUAAGUGAAACCCAAAUUAUAUCGUUUCAAUUAGCAGGAGUAGAGAAUUACUCAAUUUGGUAUAGGUCAAUGAGGGUAGCUUUGCUUGGAAGGAACAAAUUGGGUUAGUGGAUCGAUCGUGCAAGAAAGAAGUGUUUCCAGAUGAGAUGGGAAAUCAGUGGGAGAGAGUGAACGAAGUAGUUCUUUCAUGGCUGAUGAAUUCAGUGGAAAAAAGGAUUAUUAGGAGGUAUAAUGUCUGCCUCUAAUGCUCAAGAAGUAUGGGAGGAACUUUUCGAAAGGUUCAACAAAAUUGAUGGUUCAAGAACUACAAUUUACAUAAAGAGAUUGCAACACUGAGUCAAGGUACAUCUACAGUUUCUGCAUAUUUUUCUAGAUUGAAAAACUUAUUGGAAGAGUUUGAAUAUCUUGUUCCAAAUCCAGGUUGUAACUGUCAGAAAUCCAAAGAUUUUGUGGUACAUCAUUAAAAGUUAAAGUUGUUUCAGUUUCUUAUGGGUCUAAAUGACUCUUAUAAUCAAGAAAGAAGUCAAAUCUUGCUAAUGAGUCCUAUGCCAUCUGUUAAUCAAGCAUAUGGAAUGAUCAUGAGUGAUGAAGGACAAAGGUCUAUAGCUGCAAACAUAGGAAUCUUCGGUCCGAAUUCUGCAGCAAGUGGAAGUAAUAUUGACAUGGCUAUGUUACAAGAAAUGGUACUAAUAGAUACAAGAGGAAUUGUAAUGUACAAUGUGAGUUUUGUAAAAUGAAGGGUCAUACCAAAGAAGUGUGUUACAAGUUGGUAGGAUAUCCAUCAAAUUAUAACAAGUUUAGGAAAAAAGGAGUGGAGACGAAUAGUAAUGGAUAUAAUUCAAAUGCAAGAGCUCAUAAUGCAAUCACUGAUAAUCAGUUUCAAGGGUCAAAACAGUGCGUCACAAAUGAGAAUAUAGCAGAAGAAAAUAUGUCAGAUUACAAAGAAAAAAAAGUGGAUUCUUAUCCACAAAACAGAACAUCUGAGAUGGGGUUGUAUCCAUUUACCAAAAAUCAAUAUAAUCAGAUUGUACAUCUUUUGAAGAAUGUUGAGGACAAGAGAGUUGCUGCAAAUUUAGUUUUCUCAGCAAGCCUAGCAGGAUCUCUCCAAUGGAAUGGUGAGGGAGAUUGGUAGAGAGGAGAAUGGACUGUAUGUGUUAUCUGGAAAGUCCAAGUUACAACAAUCUUCUAGCAAUGAUUUUUUGUGUUAUGUGAAAGGAAGUCAUACUCUCAAGAAGUCUGAAGAUGUGGAUCUAUGGCACAAGAGGCUUGGGCAUGCAUCUACAAAGUCUUUAAAUAAGGUUCUGUCAAUCAAAGCUGAAUAUAUAGCAAUGACAUUGCAUAAUUAUAGUGUUUGUCCAUGUGCAAAACAAGUUAGAAAUUCCUUUCCUACAAGUAGUAUUCAAACUUCAGCUUGCUUUGAACUUGUACAUAAGGAUGUAUGGGGGCCUUACAAAGUGCCUACUUUUGAUGGUAAUAAAUUUUCAUCACUGUGGUUGAUGAUUUU